AUGAAGUUUAAAUUAGGAGCAGCAGCAAUAGCCUCCUUAUUAGCUGCACCAAUAAGCGAUCAUUUCGGCCGCAAAAAGCCUAUCCUGAGCGCAGUUGUAUGUGAUACAAUUGGCGCAUUGCUGUGUUCCUUGUCGAUAAGUAAAGAAAUGCUUAUUAUUGGCCGAGUUAUGAUUGGUUUUGCAUUAGGUUUUGGAUCAACCGUUGUACCGGUAUAUAUCAGUGAAAUAUCACCACCUAAUUGUCGAGGUUAUCUUCUUACAUCGUUUCAAAUGUUUAUUACAUUUGGAUUAGCAUCAGCAAAUAUCGUUGCAGGUAUAUUAUCUUAUGUGCAGCCUAUUUAUGCUGGAUGGCGCUUAAUGCUUAGUUUCACAGCCUUUCCAUCUUUAAUUCAAUUUAUCGUCUUUUUGUUCAUGCCCGAAAGUCCACGGUGGCUAUGUGCUAAUGAUCAGGAAGAAGAAGGCAUUCGAGUUAUUUGUUCUUAA